CAGUGCCCGCCCCCCCCCAGCGGUAGCAAGUUUCUGCGGUCCCAGCCUCAAACCUGGAUCCUGAACACUGAGAGCGAACAAGUACGUUCAUUUAUCAACUCUACAUCUAACACUCAGGUGUUUGUCCUGUUCAUUUACAACCGAACUGCGAAAUCCUGUGAGAGAGAGAGUCACGCAGAGUAAAGAGACGAGGAGGAGCUGAGGAGCAGAGGAGCAGAGGAGCAGAAUUUCCUGACACACCCCCCCUCCCCACAAUGGCCUCCUGCUCAUCGGUUGGAGAUAAUCAACUGCAGAGGAUAAUCAGAGAUCUGCAUGAUGCUGUUUUGGAGUUGAGUAAAGAACAGAGGGAGUGUGGUGAACCGAUAACUGAUGACAGCUCCAACCUCCACAAGUUCUUCUAUAAACUAGAAUACCUGCUACAGUUCGACCAGAAAGAGAAGACAACCUUUCUUGGCCAGAGGAAAGACUACUGGGAUUACUUCUGCGACUGCCUGAUUAAGAUCAAGGGAGCUAAUGAUGGCAUCCGUUUUGUUAAGUCCAUCCCUGAGUUGAAGACGUCGCUGGGGAAAGGACGGGCCUUCAUCCGCUACUCACUCGUUCACCAGCGUCUUGCCGACACGCUGCAGCAGUGUCUUAUAAACCAGAAAGUCACAAGUGACUGGUAUUAUGCCCGGAGUCCAUUUCUUAAGUGUCACCUUACCGCUGACAUAAUCAACCAUCUUUAUGAGCUCAACCAGAUCCAAUUUGACGUGGCGGCCAGAGGUUAUGACCUCGAUGCAGAUUGGCCUUCCUUUGCGAGGCGAACAUUAAGCACAGCCUCACCAGCUUUCCUGUGGAAACCUCCAAGUCGCUGCUCCAGCAUCAACAGUUUGGUUAGCAGCUAUUCACACUCACAGGCACAGGAGUUUCUUCCAAUCCCAGACUUGAGUCACAGUCUCCUUGGUGAACUGGGAGAACUCGGGGAACCCUCUCCUUGCAGUAUUGCAGAGAAUCUCCGCAUUGAGCUCGAUCAGUCCGAGCUCAGACAGCAGGAGCUUCUGGUGCAGGUUCAGGAGUUAAGCAAGGAAGCUGCUGAGCUGAAAGGCGUGGUGAAAGAGCUGCAAGGAGAGCUGGCAGCUCAGAAGUCGUCUGGACACUUGGCAUCAGCUGAAGCUGGUGAUGGGGGAAAAAAUCGACUUCACACUUGUAGGGAGGCAAUAAAAAGCGAAUUUCAAGACAGACUCACAUCUGCUGAGAACAAAAAUAUGGAGCUUCUCUCUAAGUUGGACGAAGCACUCAAAGAAAAAGGCCAACAAACAGCAAGCUACUGUGACUCAGCCUGGAAAAUUCAGGAACUUCUGGAUAAACUUAAGACAUCAGAUGAGGAGAGACUGGCAGCAAAGAGAGAGUCUGAAGACAGGGCCAGAAUCUCUGAGCGUCUAUCACAGGAACUCAAACUAAGGGAUCAAGAGUUGAGAGACAGUGAGGAGAAACUUGCUGAGGUAAAAUCUGGAGCCCAUGACGAACGGGAGGAGGCGCUGAGAAGGUUGGAGGAGCUCCAAGGGGUCGUGGGUCGAAUUCAAGGGGCGUUGAGUUUGAAAGAGAAGGAGACAGGGAACCUAAGAGCCCAGCUUCAGGGUCUACAAUCAUCUCUGGAGUGCAGAGAGCGACAAGCAGAGGACCUGAGGAAAAGGCUGUGGGAGGAGAGAGAGGAGGUAGAGCAGAGAUGUAGCAGGAGUGGCAGCGAGAAUGAGGAACUCGAGAGCCUAAUGUUGGAUUUAAGAAAAACCCUUAAAAACAGAGAGAAAGAGCUUGCUGUUAGUUCAGAGAGAAUAAAACACUUAGAGGAGCAGGUGGAGAAGUUCAAUAUUGAGAAAGAAAGUCUGAGCUCUAGACUCUCUGAUAAUGAAGUCGCUUCCUGUAAUCAAACCGAGAAUGUUGAGGACUUCAAAACACAAUGCAGCAAUCUCAUGGAAAGAAACACAAGGCUUCUCCAAACAGUAAAGAAGAGUGAGGAUAACGUCACAGAGCUAACAGAGAGCAGGACAGCCUUGUUAGAUCAGCUGGCUACUUUGAGGGCAUCGGAGAAGCACUUAAAAAGUAGAGUAGAGUCUAUGAAUGUGUGUGUCGACGCCCGGGAGAAGAAGCUUCUCGAUGACAACCUGCAUUUGGAAGAGACUGUUCAAAAUGCACUUGUCCAGAAGGAAGUGUCAGAUGCUCAAUUGAAGAAGCAAGAGCAGGAGAACAGAGACCUUCUCGAGGUUCAAUCAUUGUUGAGGAAGCAGUUAGCAAGAACCCAACAGGAGUUGGACUCCGUCGCCACCAAAGCUGCAAAGUUGGACAAGAACCUCACAGCGUCUCAAAGAAGCCAAGCAGAGUUACUUGAGAAGCUAGAGGAAACUGAGGCAAAAUUGAGAGACCAGACUGUUAAAUGUGGACUUCUUCAGGCUCGAGCAGAGGAGCUGGAGAGCAGGAGCGGAGAGCUGCACGAUGAAAAGGGAGCUGCAGAGAGUAAUGAGAAAAUGCAGAAGCUUCAUGAAGGACAUCAGAGUUCCUCAAUGGACACCAAAGAGGGUUCAUUCAGGCUGGUGAUAGCUGAGGCUCAACUGGAGCUCAACCUAAGGGAGGUGCAUCGGCUCCAGGAAGAGGUGGUGGAACUCAGGGCUCAGCUAUUGGCAGGAACUGAGGAACGAAUGAAAGUUCAGGCCCUGCAGGAGGUGACAGAGUCCUCCAGAGAAGACCUCCGAGCUUUAGCAGAACAACUCAAGGCCCAGGUGGAGGAGCUAAACCGCCAUCACGUGGAUGAGAUUCUCCGUUCCCGAGAGCGAGAGGAGGCUCUCAUCCGUGAGCGAGAUGGUGAGGCUCAGGCUCGAGCAGGUCUGGCUGCAGAAGUGACCGCCUCCAGAGAGGAGCUGAACAAACUGAAGCUGCGCUAUGAAGCCAUGUGUCUGGAGAACAGUGAAUCCAGGGAGGCGCUGCAUAGAGCAAACACAGAAACCGCUGAGCUUGGCGUGCAUGUUUGCAUGCUAACCGCUGAGAAUGAAGAGGCUCGUCUGCGCUUUGAGGGCCUGUCGACAAGGCUGCAAGAGCUGGAAGACGAGGCGUCUCAGGAAGCUGAGAGGCGGAAUAGCUGCGUGAAGGAAUUACGGCAAGAGAACCAGCAACUUCUCAAUCAGCUCCAUAAUGAGGGCGAUCUGUUGGCAACCAAGCAGAAGCUGCAGAAGCUGAGCGAGGCCCAGCAGGAGGCUGAAUCUCUGCAGGAGACGAACCAGGAGGAGAUCCAGGCACUCCGCUUCCAGCUCAGCAGCCAGGCCAUGAGCCAGGGCAGCCAGCUCCAGAGUGUAAACCACGAGUUACAGGAAGUGAAAUUACAUCUGACGACUGAGCAGGAGAAAGUGGUGGAUCUGGAGAACAAACUCACCAAAAUAGAGGCUGAGAAUCAGAGAUAUUGCCAACAGAUUGAGGAGAAAAACAUCCAGAUGGCCGAGUCUGAAAAUCUCAUGCAGCAGAAAGAAGACGAGAUAAUCCAUCUGAAAGAGAAUUUAUCAAGGUCUGAGGUGGGUCUCGAAGCCGCUCAGCAGACAUGUCAGGAGAUGAGUGAAAAUCUACGGAAAGUCAAACAGGACAAACAGAGCUUGGAUCUGAAGACAGCUGCUGAACUUGAUGACCUUUACCGCACCAAAAUCAAUCUGGAGGAAAGACUGAUAGAACUCAUCAGGGAGAAAGAUGCACUUUGGCAGAAAACAGAUGCCUUGGAGUUUGAGCAGAAACUGAGGGAUGAGGAGACGGAGAGGGACGUGAACUACUGUCUCGGCUGUCACAGUCAGUUCAGCUGGUGGCUCCGCAAGUACAAUUGCAGACUGUGUGGGCGUCCCUUCUGCUACUACUGCUGCAGCAACACAGUGAGCACCCAACAGGGCGGCAACAGAGAACGCUGCUGCACAGACUGUUACAACCAGCACAGUGCAGUAGUGGAGCGCCACCCGCAGGAGGAAGUGAUGCACAGCACACCAGGGACACCUUUCAGCCGCUUGCUGCAGGCGGGGAGAACUGUGACUGCUGGGCCAGGACCUGGUGAAAAUGAAAAACUGGAUGAUGGUGUUUUUGACAUCAUCACAGACGAAGAAGUGAGCGGCGUCAGUGACUCCCUCUCUUUUGCCACUGCCUGCUCUCCUGAGCACGGACAGCAGGGGGCAGCACAGCUAAGCAGCAGUGCUAGUGCAGGAGACAUCACAUCAGAGGAUACCGAGGACCUCAGUGCUUCCCUGCAGGAUGCAGAGAUCUGCCUGCUGAAGUCUGGAGAACUCACACUGUCUGUCCACUUCACCAUCGAUGACAUCUCCGGGUUUGGGGACAGCUCCCAAGAGCUUUUCAUCAAAUCCAGCUGUUACAGCACCAUCCCCAUCACCAUGAGCAGCCCUGGUCCCACUGUUACCUGGACGUUCACCUCUGAGCCCAAGAGCAUCUCCUUCAGUGUGGUCUACAGGGAGAGCGCAGAGACGCCGCUGGAGCAGGCCAAGGUUUUGAUCCCACUGACUCGCUGUAACUCCCACAAAGAGACGAUCCAGGGGGAACUGAAAGUCAGGAACCCCGGAGAAUACACACUCAUCUUUGACAACUCCUUCUCCAGGUUCAUCUCAAAGAAAGUGCUGUAUCACCUGAGUCUCGACAGGCCCGUGGUCUACGACGGCACUGACCUCCUCUGAGCGUGACAGGAGGCACCGUGAGCAGGUGUGAAACCGACUCUUGAAUUCUGGGUGUUUUGAGCUCAUGCGCAUGACUUCGAGGUCCCUGGGUUGGAGUCCACUGACGUUCAUCCGCCUCACGGGAAGCUUCUGGCAUUUUUAAAAACAUCUCUCUCAGCGUGCGGCUUGCCGAUGAUUUCUGAUCAUACGAGAGCUGAACAAAGGUAAAAAUCAGUGGAGUAAAACAAUGGUGUACUGGUUAAUGUGAGCAUGCACUACCUUUUAUAAAAGCUUGACGUCGUGGUUUAAAUGUAGCAUCAAAGACACUAAGAUUUACUCAAUAAGUAAAGGUUUGUGGCAUAUUUGAGUGUGAAGAACUUUACAUAUGUGGCAGGUUUGUGAGAUGCAGGUCAAGUGGCCACAUUUUGAUAAAGUAAAGCUGCAGAUUGCGUACACUCUAAUCAUAGGAUUAAUAUGCAUGGUGAGAAGUGUCCCUUUAGAAGUGGGUGAAAUGGUUAAAAUCCUCUGUUACGGUAUAUCUGAUCUUAUGUCAGUAUUCAUUCGGAUUCAACACAUUUAUGGAAAAUCAAUAGAGAAACUGUUUAUAGAUAUGAAGUAGCAGAGAAGAAUCUGUUUUAAUGUGUCACAUUGAGAUACUUUAUCUUGUUUAUGCUAAAAUAUAAUAUACAAUCUCAGUACUGAUAAAAGUCAGUGCUGCUCAGUGAUUUGCACACUGGUCUAAUAAAGAGAUGUUUAAGAGAGAGAAACCAGAGUAUAAACAAACAUGUAAUGACCAUCAGAGUUUGUGGGUGUGUGUGUUGGUGUGCGUGUGCAUGUUGUGGAUAGUAAUGUUAAGUUUGCGGUUUACUGUGUUGUCAAUGGAGCCUGACUGAUAUGGACUUUUUUAAGCCAAUGCUGAUAUCAGAAAAUAAACAAUUUCAGAUAGCGUUUAUAUCAGCUGAUAUAAAUGUAUACAGUUGAACCAUUAAAUUUGUUUAUAAUAGAUUAAUAAAAUACAAAUAUGUUGAACCUAUUUAAAAUAUCAACAUAUAUGCACAUCUUUUUUGAAUUGUUUAUUCUUUCAGAUAAAAGUUUUCAGUACGUGUCCUGUAAAAGGCUCAUAUCAGACGAUUGUUAUUGGCCAAUAGAUACGUUCAUCAGGCUCUAGUUGACAACGUGAGAUUAAACCCAACUUGUGUAAACUGUUGAGUAGUUUGUUUUACUUACUCAAAUCAAUGUUGAAGAAAAUUACUAGAGCCCUGAUUUAACUUUGAGCUUAACUGAAUUUAUUUUUCUUUCUUAAACCUUAAACUAUUUCAAGUAGCUGUUUAUUGGUUAUCGAGGAAACUCAUCGCAAUAUGCACUGAAGUCUGUUCUCAUCACAUAGAGUAUCUGUAUGAUUGUUGCCUUUCAGCUGUAAGGUUUUUGUUGCAAUGAUGAUAAAGAACAGGUGGAAGAAGCAGGACUCCAAAGAAAAGCAGCACAUCGCUCAGUUUGAAUUGUCUUAACUAAACAGGCUUUAAUUCAGUGCAGAUGAAGGAAGAGAAGAAUGUGGUUUCUCUGGAUAUAAACACUAAGAAUGUCCCCAGUUCAACCCGUGAAGGGUUUAAAAGAGGGAGCACAUAUCAUAUCAUACAGUUCAGUGCUUUAAAUAUUUAGUGUUUGAUAUCAAUCAUCAUCAAUGUUUAAAAAGAAAUGAUGAUUCUGCAAAACAUUUAGUGAGGAUGUGAUAUUUUCAUAAGAUCCAUAACACCUGUAGCUCAGUUAUUAAGAUUAAUAAAUGAUACCAAUCAAUAAUACUUUUAUAUAGAGUGCUUUUCUAGAUGUUUGACGCUCAGUAGAUGUUUACUGUUGCUGUGUGAUGUUCUGGAUGCGUUUCGCAGUGUGUCAGACAGAAGACAGUCUUCAAAUAAUACAAAUCCAAAAAAUCUGCUUUAUACUUGAAGUUGAAGUCCGGCAUGGACUUUUUUUCCAAUCAUUAAUCCUCUGUUGAGUGUCUUAGAACUGAAUUAUUACACUGACUCAUUUCCAAAGUGUCUUCCAACAUUUUGAAACCAUUUUAUAACUAAUAAUAUAUUUUCAGCAUAACUGACAUGAGGAAGAAAUUUACUUUCUAAGAAAAUUCACUUUUUAUACAUGUCUAAGUAAGAGGAGUGAUUCGUUGCCAAAUAUAUUGGGGGAACAUAUUUGUCUAUUUUAUUGUUCUUAAAAGGGAGUUUGUGUUUUGAAGACAUUGUGACACAACUGCCGUAUCAUGCACUUUUGAAAAGGGCUUGUUUUUUUUUUUUGUCAGUCUACAUCCCAUAAGCCUUUGUGCCAGUCGAUGAAUGGUUUUCUUUUCCUGUGUCUCUAGUGAGUGAUUAGAUUUUACAGCUGGAUUUACCAGAGAGCAGCUCAAACUCUCUGACUUAACCUGUGAAUGAUCGUUGGCAAUGUUUUAUUGAAAUGUCAUUUACAAACUAAACAUUUAUAAUAGAACGGAUUCAUGAUUGU